AUGGCGGCGGUGCAGUGGCGAUCACGUUGGCGCAAGUAUGAAGCUGAGCUGCUGAGAUGUCGCCCAGAGGCUCAACCUGUAGAAUUUGGAGAUUACCAUCCUCUAAAGCCAAUACUGGUAACAGAUUCAAAGACUCGGCGUGGCGUCCGCAAAGGCAGCACCUCCUCUUCCUCCUCGUCCUCUUCCUCAGUUCCUCCAGACCCGCUGAGUUCUAUGCUGGACGGGACGGACCCUUUGUCACUGUUUGCGGCGUCGGCCGUUGAGAUUCCAGCGGUGCCUCGCGGCGGCUCAGGGGACCAGGGGAAGAAGACCAUCGAGGAAGAAGUGGUAGGAGCUGACUUUGAGCCAUGGUCUGCCAAGAGGGGAGAGAUCCUGGCCUGGUUUACCACCACAGAGAAACUGUCCAUUAAUAUCUGCAUGGGCUCUGACAAAGGAAAAGCCACCAGUCCACAACCUUCAGCGGUGUCAGAGAAGGUCCGCACACGCCUCGAGGAGCUGGAUGAUCUCGAAGAGGGCUCCCAGAGAGAGAUGCUGAACCUCUCGCAGCAGGACUAUGCCAACCGUAUCGAGGAGUUAAACCAGUCCCUGAAGGAAGCCUGGGCCGCGGACCAGAAAGUCAAAGCUCUCAAAAUAGUCAUCCAGUGUGCCAAGCUCCUGUCAGACACGGCUGUGAUCCAGUUCUAUCCCAGCAAGUUUGUUCUCAUCACCGACAUCAUGGACACGUUCGGUCGACUCGUGUAUGAGCGGAUCUGGAGCAUGUGUUCGGAGCCGCAGCCUUUGACCGCUGCCUUCACCCCUGACGAUGUGAACGACACGGCCAAGGAGACCUGCCUCAACUGGUUCUUCAAAAUCGCCUCCAUCAGAGAACUCCUGCCCAGACUAUAUGUGGAGGCCUCUAUUCUCAAGUGCAACUGUUUCUUGAACAGGAACGGUAUCUCUACAACUCUACCCAGACUGACAGCGAUGGUCAGGGGCAUUGGCGAUCCUUUAGUUGCGGCGUAUGCAAGAGCUUACCUGUGUCGGGUGGGCAUGGAAGUGGCUCCUCAGCUCAAGGACAGCCUCAACACUAACUUCUUUGACCUGCUGGGGGCGCUGCGUCAGCUGGGAGGAGAGAGCGUGCAGAACCAGCUGGUGGUGCAGAGGGUGGAGAUGCCCGAGUACCUCACGCUCUACUCCCCGGCCAUCAACUGGCUCCUGCAGUGCGUAGCAUACCGCGCCCCAGAGGCUCUACUGACGGAGAUGAUGGAAAGGUGCAAGAUCAUGGGGAACAAUGCCUUGUUGCUGAAUUCUGUCAUGAGAGCCUUUCGAGCAGAGUUUGUCGCCGCUCGAGCCACUGACUUCAUCGGAAUGAUCAAAGAAUGUGACGAGGCCGGAUUCCCAAAGCAUCUUCUGUUUGGAUCUUUGGGCCGCAGCUUGGCCAGUGCUGACCCUCCGGAGUCCGAGAGAUUGACGAUUCUCAACGACGCCUGGAAAGUCAUCACUAAAGUCCGCAGCCCCAGGGACUACAUCAACUGUGCGGAGAUCUGGGUGGAGUUCACCUGUCGCCAUUUCACGAAGCGAGAGGUGAACACUGUGUUAGCCGACAUGAUCAAACACAUGACUCCAGACCGAGCUUUCGAGGACGCGUACCCCCAGCUGCAGGCUGUGAUCGGGAAGAUCCUCACCUACUUCCAUGACUUCUCUGUUCUCUUCUCCAUGGAGCGUUUUCUCCCAUUCCUGGACAUGUUCCAGAAAGACAGCGUCAGGGUGGAGGUCUGCCGCUCUAUUAUGGAGGUCUUCAUCAGACACCAGCUGGAGCCCACUCGAGACCCGGUCAUCCUCAACGCCAUGCUCCACAUCUGCAAGACCAUGCACGACUCUGUCAAUGCCCUGACUCUCGAGGAUGAAAAGCGAUCCUCGUCUCUUCUAAUCAUCGGUUUUAUUCGCAUGGUGUCGUUCGGCCGUGAUUUCGAGCAGCAGCUGAACUUUUGCGUGGAGUCCAGAUCCACGUUCUGUAACCUGGAGCCCGUUCUGGUGCAGCUCAUUCACACGGUGAACCAGCUCGCCAUGGCGACCAGAAGAGUGAUGCAAGGAAACCACUCCAGAAAAACCGCCGCCUUUGUCAGAGCCUGUGCAGCCUACAGUUUCAUCACCAUCCCGUCUCUGAGCAGCAUCUUCAGCCGCCUGAGCCUCUACCUGCUCUCGGGACAAGUUGCGUUGGCAAAUCAGUGUUUGUCCCAAGCCGAUGCGUUCCUGAAGGCGGCCGUGAGUUUACUCCCGGACGUCCCUCGCACCAUCAGCAUCGAGGGCAAACUCCGCUCCUCCGAGAGCUUCCUUCUCGACUUCACCAACAACUUCCUGUCCACUUUGCUGGUUGUCCCGGACCACCCGGAGCAUGGCGUGCUGUACCUGGUGCGUGGUCUUCUCAACAUGGUGCAGGACUACACCUGGGAAGACAACGGCGACGCCAAAGUGCGCGUCUACAUCAGCGCACUGCCGCUCUUAGCCGCCAUGAGCCAAGAAACAUACCUCUACUCUAUUCCCAAAAUGGACUCCAAUGAGACUCUCUACGGCGGGGACCCCAAGUUUCUUUCCGAGAUCAACAAACUAUGUGAGACCCUGAUCGGGCAAGUCCUGGACCACUUGAAGGCGCUCGGGCGUGAGGAGCAGAGCGCUCGGCGUCAGGGAGCCCUGGCCUUCUCCCUGUUCGGAGUCCUGCUCGCUCACGGAGACCUGCGCAACAACAAGCUCAGCCAGCUCGCCGUCAACCUGUGGAACCUGAGCCACAAGCACGGAUUCUGUGACACCCGCCUCUCCGUGCGGACUCUGGAGCACAUGAAGCAGCAGGCGCAGCAGCCCGACAUGUCGCACCUGUCGGACACGCUCCAGAGACUCGCUCUGCAGUCACGCACUUAA